AGUAUGCGUGUGUCGUGAGGUGAUGUGAAUGCAAAGAGGCUAUAUUGACGGUGGAGGAAAGUGAACGCUCAAUCAGCCUGUCCGUCAUCCACCUAACGUUGGCACUCCACCGCGCUCUCGACCUGGCUAGCGAAGGGAGAGGAAAGUGAACGCCGCGCCUAAGGAGAUGGAUUGGAACACCUGGCAGGCGUGGGUGAGGGCUGGGUACGGCCGCCUCGACCCGCUGUCCUGGGAGGCUGCCAACGUGACCCUGCUGGACCUGGUGCGACCCGAGGUGCAUCACAAGGUCCACCACCACUGGCACUCCUACCCGCCGCCCCACCCGCUCUGGCACCCCAUCCUUGGCACCCUCUACGCCAUCAUCGGCCUGUUGUCGCUGGCGGGGAAUGGUGUGGUGGUGUGGGUCUUCGCCUUCACCAAGAGUCUGCGUUCCGGCACCAACCUCCUCACCAUCAACCUGGCCUUCUCCGACCUCCUCAUGAUGCUCACCCAGUUCCCGAUCCUGGUGGCCAACUGCUUCAGCCAGUCCUGGACGCUGGGGCCGCUUGCCUGUGAGGUGUACGGCUUCUGCGGGGCGCUCUUCGGCACCGUGUCCAUCAUCUCCCUGGCCCUCAUCGCAUUCGACCGCUACAGGGCCAUCAUGUCCCCCUUCGGCAACAUGAAGCUCAGCAUGCGGCGUGCUGCCCUGUGGGUGCUGGGUGUGUGGGUGUACAGCGCCGCCUGGUGCUGCCUGCCCUUCCUCGGCUGGAACCAGUACGUCCUCGAAGGCUUCAUGACGAGCUGCUCCUUUGACUACCUGAGUGAUGACCUCUGGAGCAGGUCAUACGUGGUGCUGCUGUUCCUGGUGGCCUACGCGCUGCCCCUCGUGGUCAUCUGCUACUGCUACUUCUACAUCGUCACCUCCAUCAAGCGGCACGAUAAGGACAUCCUCGGCCAUCAGCGUGUGCAGGGAGAGACCGUCAAGUACCGCAACCUGCAGUCCCGCGAGGCCCAGCUCUCCCGCGUGGUCUUCAUCUCCGUGUUCUUCUGGGCCCUCGCCUGGACGCCCUACGCCGUGGUCUCCUUGCUUGGAGUGACUUCCUGGCACAGCGUCCUCACCCCGCUGGCCACCGCCCUGCCCGCACUCUUCGCCAAGCUCUCCACCGUCUACAACCCCUUCAUAUAUGCCAUCUCCCACCACAAGUACAGACAGGAGCUGGGCCGCCGCCUGCCCUGGCUGUGCUGCGUCCUGCCGUCCAUGCCGUACCAGCAGUCCACCUCCAUGCGCUCCUCCACACGGUCUGACGCGUCCUUCAUCCUCCACUUUCUGUCCAGGUCCUCCUCGGUGGUGUCCUCCAGAAAUGAGAAGGCCCAGGCUGACCUCCCGAGCCCCAAGACGCUCAUGAGUGACAUGGGGAUGAUGGCCGCGCCGAACGGGUUUUCUCGUCCAAUGGCCCUUUAAGCGGUUUAAGUCUGCAGAGGUUCCUACAACUUAGCUCCUUCGUCUCUGUUCCUUUUAACUCUCCUCUCCCUUUCGUAUAUGUUUAACUUAACCAAACCUAGAGUCUAACCUAACCUAACCUACCCUACCUAAGUCAGCCUAGCAUAUGUUUCCCUUUCCUUCCCUACGCCUCCCUUUUCGUCUAUGGCUAAACUAACCUCCCUUUUUUCAUUUAUAUUUCUAAUUAAUAGAAAUAAAAACUGACACGCGUGACUCGGAUUCAACAAUUGAGGAAAAGGACAUUUUCAUUAGGACAAUAUUCAACUUGGGUUACAAAAUUAUAGAGUGCUUUUGUUGCAAGCGCAUGAGACAAGAAAUAUAUACAACCAUAAACUUGAGUGAUGUAAAAUACUUGAUGUAAUUAAGUACGUUUAUCUGUCACGUGCAAAAAGAGAGAUAGCCUACAUGAAUAGCACACCAGUCAUCAACACGUUAACUAUUUUUCAGCAUUAUUUUUUAUAGAAACUUGCAACACAUUUCACCAUUUGGAGCCAGAUAUUCAGCAGACUGACGCAUUUACUUUCGAUCUCAUGCAAUGUAACAUACGUCAAGAUAUGUAAAAAAAAAAUCUUCAGACGCAAAAUACACCAUCUUUAUGAGAAAUAUACCAGUUAUUGAAAUAAAGACCAGAGUAAUACUGACGGUAAGGCCUCCCUACAGCACAGACCACUUAGUAAUUGGGUAAUGACUGACUGUUCCGGGGGUAUUGGGAUUGAUUUUUUUUUUUUUUUUAAUUAUCUAAAUUUCACAAGACACUAAGUUCAAAGGGAGCCUAAAAUAUAACGCAGAUUGAAGACAUUGACAUUUUUUCUGUAACACUCAGUUCAAAGGGGCCUAAAAUAUAACGCAGAUUGAAGACAUUGACAUUUUUUCUAUCACACUCAGUUCAAAGGGGCCUAAAAUAUAACGCAGAUUGAAAACAUUGACAUUUUUUCUGUAACACUCAGUUCAAAGGGGCCUGAAAUAUAACGCAGAUUGAAGACAUUGACAUUUUUUCUAUCACACUCAGUUCAAAGGAGCCUAAAAUAUAACGCAGAUUGAAGACAUUGACAUUUUUUCUAUCACACUCAGAUCAAAUGGGCCUGAAAUAUAACGCAGAUUGAAGACAUUGACAUUUUUUCUAUCACACUCAGAUCAAAUGGGCCUGAAAUAUAACGCAGAUUGAAGACAUUGACAUUUUUUCUGUAACACUCAGUUCAAAGGGGCCUAAAAUAUAACGCUGAUUGAAGACAUUGACAUUUUUUCUGUAACACUCAGUUCAAAGUGGCCUAAAAUAUAACGCUGAUUGAAGACAUUGACAUUUUUUCUGUAACACUCAGUUCAAAGGGAGCCUAAAAUAUAACGCAGAUUGAAGACAUUGACAUUUUUUCUGUAACACUCAGUUCAAAGUGGCCUAAAAUAUAACGCAGAUUGAAGACAUUGACAUUUUUUCUGUAACACUCAGUUCAAAGUGGCCUAAAAUAUAACGCAGAUUGAAGACAUUUGACAUUUUUUCUAUAACACUCAGUUCAAAGGGGCCUAAAAUAUAACGCAGAUUGAAGACAUUGACAUUUUUUCUAUAACACUCAGUUCAAAGGGGCCUAAAAUAUAACGCAGAUUGAAGACAUUGACAUUUUUUCUAUCCUUCAUAUAUACGUAUAAUGGGGCAUAUCAUCAAGUUUAUAUCCAUGUAGCCCACCCCAGCUGUCUUCAAU